CUUUUUUGUUUGUAAAUUAUUGAAUCAUUAGUUUCUGUGUUCUGCGUGCUACACUGUACGUUGUGUGUAUGUGCGGUUAUAUCCGGUAUUGUAAAAGUGAGAGUGUAUUAUUCUUCAACCAAUAAUUCCAAAGUUUAAUUCUGGUCGUAUUUUAGUAAGACAGUGCCGGGUGUACCUAUAUACAAGUCAACAUACAGAUAUCACUUAUUCACGUGCAAUCUUGAGGAGAAAAUGGACAAAAUGACGGAAUAUUUCAAUAAAUAUAUCGAAAAAAAUCUUCUGUAUGUUCAGCAUUAAACAAGUGGGCCACCAUCCACUGAAUAUUUGUGCACUAUUUCAAAUAAAUAUUCAAAUGUAUGCAAACAUGGCGGACAACACCAAUAACACUACCUCCGUCGCAUCCACCAAUAAUUCAUGGACCAACACCUCGAUUAUACAAAUGGAACUGAAUAUGUCAAAUAUAAAUUUCUUAAAUAUAACCUUAGAGAUGCCUAUAACAUAUGCAACUCCUCUCUACGGUUAUCUCAUGCCUAUUUUGUUGGUGGUGACUAUGGUAGCCAAUACGCUUAUUGUGAUAGUACUGAGCAAAAGACACAUGCGCACUCCGACCAAUGUUGUCCUCAUGGCUAUGGCUUUAUGCGAUAUGUUUACGUUGUUGGUACCGUCUCCAUGGUUGAUCUACAUGUACACAUUGGGGAACCACUACAAACCUUUGUUUCCGGCCAGCCUUUGUUAUUCGUGGAAUUUGAUGCAUGAGAUUAUCCCGUGUAUAUUUCACACAUCUAGUAUAUGGUUAACGUUGGGAUUAGCCAUCCAGAGGUAUAUAUACGUGUGCCACGCACCGCUGGCCAGGAAAUUCUGCACAUUGCCCAACGUUUAUAAGAGCGUAGCAGGAGUUUUAAUCGUCGCAGCUCUACAUCAAGUACUCCGGUUAUUUGAUACUGAAUAUGCAACGAUCGAUAUCCCAUGGGAAAAUACGACAACUCCAAUCUGCAUAAGAAGACGAGCCGAGUGGGUUAACGAAUAUAUUAAUGAAGAUGUUUAUUUCGUUACGUAUUUUAUGUUUCGAAUACUAUUUGUCCAUCUCCUUCCAUGUAUUUCCCUGGUCAUUCUCAAUCUGCUGCUAUUUAGAGCUUUAAGAGAAGCACAAAAACGUAGAGACAUCUUGUUGUCAUCGAAAAAGGGUCAGAAAAAUGAAUGCAAAAAGCUGAGAGACUCUAACUGUACAACUCUAAUGCUAAUAGUAGUAGUCACUGUCUUUCUGGUAGUAGAAAUACCUUUGGUGGUAGUUACCAUCCUGCAUAUUAUUUCAAGUACUCUUUGCGAGUUUCUUGACUACGAAGUGGCAAACACCUUGAUAUUGUUUACAAACUUCUUUAUAAUCCUGAGUUACCCUAUUAAUUUCGCUAUUUACUGCGGCAUGUCCAGGCAGUUCAGGGAGACUUUUAAAGAACUAUUUAUCAAAAAUGCAGCUAAUGCUCGUAAUGGUUCUUCGAAGUAUUCCAUAGUCAAUGGACCCAGGACAUGCACCAACGAAACUGUCCUGUAAGAGGCUACAGCACACUCAAUUGUAAAAGAUGACGCUUAGAAAAUGGACUUUAAUUAUAUUUUGUACAAAAUGUAUAUUUGUAUGUUCUUAUUGACUCUGUAUAUAAAUAGGUAAUAUAUUUGAAUGGUAGGAUAUA